GUGCCCUGGCCACACCGGUCCCCUCCUUCUUCCUAUUUGGUCCACUUUCCUUACCUCCACCGGCUGCCCCUUGCCCCAGCGAGGGGCUCCCAUAACCUCUGACCCUCCUCUGCAGUGAGGUGCAGUACGUGGUGCUCCAGAACGUGGCCACCAUGUCCAUCAAGCGCCGGGGUAUGUUCGAGCCCUACCUGAAGAGCUUCUACAUCAGGUCCACCGACCCCACGCAGAUCAAGAUCCUGAAGCUGGAAGUGCUGACCAACCUGGCCAACGAGACCAACAUCCCUACGGUCCUGCGGGAAUUCCAGACCUACAUCCGCAGCAUGGACAAGGACUUCGUGGCAGCCACGAUCCAGGCCAUUGGACGCUGUGCCACUAACAUAGGCCGAGUCCGUGACACCUGCCUCAACGGCCUGGUGCAGCUGCUGUCCAACCGUGAUGAGCUGGUGGUCGCGGAGUCGGUGGUCGUCAUUAAGAAGCUGCUGCAGAUGCAGCCAGCACAGCACGGGGAGAUCAUCAAACACCUGGCGAAGCUCACGGACAACAUCCAGGUGCCCAUGGCCCGCGCCAGCAUCCUGUGGCUCAUCGGCGAAUACUGUGAGCACGUCCCCAAGAUCGCACCCGACGUCCUCAGGAAAAUGGCCAAGUCCUUCACAGCCGAAGAGGACAUUGUCAAGCUGCAGGUCAUCAACCUGGCGGCCAAGCUCUACCUGACCAACUCGAAGCAGACCAAGCUACUGACCCAGUACGUGCUGAGCCUGGCCAAGUACGACCAGAACUAUGACAUCCGUGACCGCGCACGCUUCACCCGGCAGCUCAUCGUGCCUUCGGAGCAGGGCGGGGCCCUCAGCCGCCACGCCAAGAAGCUCUUCCUGGCGCCCAAACCAGCCCCUGUCCUGGAGUCGUCCUUCAAAGACCGGGACCACUUCCAGCUGGGCUCACUGUCCCACCUGCUCAAUGCCAAGGCCACAGGCUACCAGGAGCUCCCAGACUGGCCAGAGGAAGCCCCGGACCCCUCCGUGCGCAACGUGGAGGUACCUGAAUGGACCAAGAGCUCGAAUCGGGAGAAGAGGAAGGAGAAGGAGAAACCCUUCUACUCGGACUCUGAGGGCGAGUCGGGCCCCACGGAGUCCGCAGACAGUGACCCCGAGUCCGAGAGCGAGCCGGACAGCAAGAGCAGCAGCGAGAGCGGCUCUGGGGAGUCGAGCAGCGAAUCUGACAAUGAGGAUGAGGAGAAGGGGAGGAGCAGUGAAAGUGAACAGAGUGAGGAGGAAGGUGAGAAGAGCAAGAGGAAGAAGAGGAAGAAGGUGACGGAGGGACAAGGAGAAGGCUCAUCCUCCGAUGAGGGCAGCGAUUCCAGCAGCAGCUCCUCAGAGUCCGAGGUGUCGUCGGAGAGCGAGGAGGAGCAGGGGGAACCUGUGUCCUGGAGAAAGAAGACGCCUCCCAGCAGCAAAAGCGUCCCUGCAGCCAAGGAGGUGUCCCUGCUGGAUCUUGAGGACUUCACCCCUCCCAGCGCCCAGCCUGUGUCUCCCCCCACGGUCGUGUCCAGCAGUCUGGCCGCAGACCUGGAGGGCCUGACCCUCACGGACUCCCCGCUGAUGCCCUCGCUGCUGAGCCCGGUGUCCAGCGUGGGGCGGCAGGAGCUGCUGCACCGGGUGGCGGGCGAGGGCCUGGCUGUGGACUACACCUUCAGCCGCCAGCCCUUCUCCGGGGACCCCCACAUGGUGUCUCUGCUCAUCCACUUCUCCAACAGCUCCGACACCCCCAUCAAGGGCCUGCAUGUGGGCACCCCCAAACUGCCUGCGGGCAUCAGCAUCCAGGAGUUCCCUGAAAUCGAGUCCCUGGCACCCGGAGAGUCUGCCACUGCUGUCAUGGGCAUUAAUUUCUGUGACUCCACCCAGGCGGCCAACUUCCAGCUGUGCACCCAAGUGCGACAGUUCUACGUCUCCAUUCAGCCGCCGGUUGGGGAGCUGAUGGCCCCGGUGUUCAUGAGUGAGAAUGAGUUUAAGAAGGAACAGGGUAAGCUGACGGGCAUGAACGAGAUCACAGAGAAGCUCACGCUGCCGGACAGCUGUCGGAGUGACCACACUGUGGUGCAGAAGGUGACCGCCACGGCCAACCUGGGCCGUGUCCCUUGUGGGACGUCUGACGAGUACAGGUUUGCAGGGAGGACGCUGACCAGCGGGAGCCUGGUCCUGCUGACCCUGGACGCGCGGCCCCCCGGCCCCGCCCAGCUGACAGUCAACAGCGAGAAGAUGGUGAUCGGCACCAUGCUGGUGAAGGAUGUGGUGCAAGCUCUGACCCAGUGACCCCCAAGUGCUCCGACUUCUCUGCCACUGGUUUCUCCCUCAUGACACCUGGGCUGUUAGCACCCUUCUCUCCCUCUGCCCCUCUCUCUUUCAGAUAAGAUUCCUCACGUCAGACAGCAUGCAGAGCGCCCCACCACCACACACUUUCUGUAGUUAUUUAUGGAGCAAAUUCUCAAUAAAGGUCUUCUCCCUA